AUGACGGAUCAACAUCAUGAAGAGGAAGAACACAAUCGACACGACGAAGAGGAAGUUACCUUCCCGGAAAAUAGCAUGGACAUUUCCGACCAAAUUGGAAGGGCAUUGGAGAAAUACACUCCACUUUUAUUAAAAAGACUAAACCAAACCAAUCUUAAAGUGGUGUAUGCUGUGAGCAUGUUGAGGGAUAAAGCAAAGAGAUGGUGGGACAAUUUAUUGUUGGUGAAGAAGGGAGCACUUGAUAACGUGGAUUGGCCUGAGUUCAAGGCCAUGUUCUAUAAAGAAUUUAGAUCAGAGGCGGAGGUGACUAGGUUGAGGAGUGAAUUCCUCAAUGAUUCUCAAGGAACCCUUAGUUUGACGGAGUUUCGUGCCCAAUUUCUUGAUAAGGCACAAUUCUGUCCCGAAUUCUUAGAGAAUGAGCAAUUGAUGAAGGAGCAGUUUUAUAUGAAGUUGAAGAAGAGUUUGAGGGAGAGGAUUAGUUUACGUCAAAUGGAGUCCUUCUCCAUGUUGUGCGAUGUGGCUCGAGAUUACGAGAUCGAGCAAACUAGAGUUGAUGAGAAUGAGGUGAAUAGAAAGUAUGAGGGGGAUAACUCACCGAAUAAAAGGAUUAAACAAGAUGGUGCUUCCGGUAGUAAUGCCUUUAGAAGAAAUGCUCCCUUUUGCAAAACUUGCAAGAGAAAUCAUCAUGGCUCGUGUAGAGAGAAAGCUUGUUACAACUGUGGGAAGACGGGCCAUGUGAGUCGAGAUUGUAGGUCGAAGCCCCAUAAGCCCCUCAUUUGCUUCAAGUGUUUUGAAGAGGGACAUAUGAAGAGCUCGUGUCCUAAGCUAACCGAAGAAGAGAGAUAA